AAUACCCCCCUUCUCCUUUUCUUUUGUUCUUUUUUUUCCCUUGGUCUCCAACCGUCUCCUUUGCUUUCGUUGCUCAAAUCCGGUGGAGAGUUCAGGAAAGACCCACACUUUCUCUCUUCCCCUUGCUUUCCCCAGCUUUACCUGUGGUUUCGUUGCGGAAAGGCCGGAUCUUUCGGUCCGGGCUGAUGCUCUUUUGUCCUGAGUGGGAAUGGGAGUGUGGGAAUCCAUACUGGGAAAGGCCGGGAGGAGGUUCGUCAAGCGCAAAGACAGCGAUGCCGGAGAGAACGGUCGAGCACUGGAACAGCCGCAAAGUUCCUUUUACAGUGAUUUUCAUACUUCAGAAGGAGCAAAACAUCAGCAACAAAGGUUAUGCGGUCCAUUUGUGGCAAUGACCUUUAAUUUCAUUGUUGCUGUUGGAAUAAUCAUGGCCAACAAAGUGGUGAUGGGCAAGGUUGGGUUUAAUUUCCCAGUUGCACUUUCUUUGAUCCACUAUGUAACUUCUUGGCUUCUCAUGGCCAUCUUCAAGGCACUCUCUCUACUGCCUGCUUCGCCUCCUUCUAAAGCCACACCAUUUUCUUCUUUAUUUCUAUUGGGUGCAGUGAUGUCUCUUGCCACAGGGCUCGCUAAUGUCAGCUUACAACAUAACAGUGUGGGUUUCUAUCAGAUGGCUAAGAUAGCUGUCACUCCAACAAUUGUUCUAGCUGAGUUUAUGAUUUUCAACAAGAAGGUUUCUAUUCACAAGGUUAUCACAUUGGCUAUUGUUUCAAUCAGUGUGGCUGUUGCAACUGUCACUGAUCUAGAAUUCAACUUUUUUGGUGCUUGUGUAGCAUUAGCAUGGAUCGUGCCUGGUGCUAUAAAUAAAAUUCUAUGGUCAAAUAUGCAACAAACUGGAAAUUGGACUGCUCUUGCGUUGAUGUGGAAAACUAGCCCAAUCACUAUAUUCUUCUUCGUAGCUUUGAUGCCUUUGUUAGAUCCACCAGGUGUUUUAUCCUUCAACUGGAAUUGGAACAAUGUGGCUGCCAUCAUCAUAUCAGCUUUAUUUGGAUUUCUCCUUCAGUGGUCUGGAGCUUUGGCACUUGGUGCGACAUCUGCUACUUCUCAUGUUGUUUUGGGGCAGUUCAAAACAUGUGUCAUUAUGCUUGGUGGAUAUGUAUUCUUUAAUUCUGAUCCGGGAAUGAUUAGUUUAUGCGGUGCUGUUGUUGCUCUGAGUGGAAUGUCAUUCUAUACUUACCUCAACAUGUUGAAGGAGUCAGCAGCAGCAAGUAAGAAGCUACUUCCAAAGCAAAAUUCAUUCACCUUAAAACCCAAAUCAACCAUGGACGACCAGAAGGUUGGUAUGGAUAUUGUGGAUUCUGUUUGAGGGAACAACUCCAUGGAGCAAAGGAAGCAUUUGCUUGACUGACCAAGCUAACUUCUUUGUUUUCUUUUUCUUUUUGAUAAAUUUGUCUCGUCUUCUCUUUCUUUUUGAUAUUUUGCUUUUGCAAUUUUGAUAAUCAAGAUGAGGUCUUUUUUUUUUUUAAAGACCAGGUCAUGUUGUGGAAACAUGUUCUUUGUAUAUAAUUUUCCAUAUCAGAGAAUGUAGAGGCUUAUUGAUUA